AGAUUAGAUCUAAGAUAUAGUACAAACUGCAAAAUUGAUCCAUUGGACAUUGAUUAGAUUUUCAUUUAUUUUUUUUAUUAAAUCCUCUUAAUUUCAUUUUAGUAAUUUAAAAUGUCUGUAUUCAAAGCUAUUGCGUCUAACGUGGGAAUUCGACGUUGGGCAUAUAACCUAUCUGGUUUCAACAAAUAUGGUUUGCACCAUGAUGAUAUCCUUCAAGAAAAUGAAGAUGUUAAAGAAGCUUUAAGAAGAAUUCCCACAAAAAAAUUUGAUGAACGUACAUUUAGAUUAAUACGUGCAAUGCAACUUGAGUUGCAAAAAAUUCAACUACCCAAGGAGGAAUGGACCAAAUUUGAAGAAGAUGACCGUUAUUUGCAACCUUAUUUAGAAGAAGUCAUUAAGGAAAGGGAAGAAAAAGAAUAUUGGGAAAAAAAUUAUUAUUAGAAGAAUGUUUUAUAAAAACCUAUAGUCUUGUGUAAUAUUUAAAUAAAAGUAAUGUCUACAUAAACUUGUAUUAUAAAUUUCCUUUUAUUGAAUAUGAAAAUUGUUAUCAAAAUAUUUUGUCUAUGUUGAUUAGUGUUAUUAAUAUUUUCAUUUUGAAUAUUAUAUUUAGUUUUCAUUUUAAUAUCAAAUGCUUGUAAAACCUACUGAAAUUAAUUACAGUAAAAUUUGUUUAUAAUAGA